UUUUUGCUGUUCAAGGUCGCACCACCAACUAGGAGUCGGUUUCAACCAGGUUGCUUGAGGCUAGUUGGAGACUUCAUGCUAUCUGCUGAUAUUUAAUGUAUCCAGAUUGUCUUUAUCUAGGACUUGCGCUAUCGCCUAUCAUUACUCAUUCAUUUCCUUACUGAGGACAAUUUAAUUGUGUACAUAUUCUGGGUCGUCGACGCACCUUCCCUUCUGUUCCAGCCGUCCCCAAUUACGCUGCUCUGCAUGCUCCUCAAGUAUACGAAAAACCUUCUGGUUAAACUUAAACCGCUUCUGCCCUAAUGUCUUUAAUUAAUGAGGUUGGGUUCUGUAAGUUUUUUAGUUGUUGUAGUUCAUCCCAUAGCCAUACGUAAAUAUAUAUUCGAAAAACUUACCAAUGCACCCGGAUGGAAGGUGUUGAUUAUGGAUGAUGCAGCCACACGUGUACUGUCAUCAUGUUUUAAGAUGCCAGACAUAACUGAGUACGGUGUAACUCUUGUCGAAUCUCUAAACUGCAAGCGUCAAAAACUAAAUAUGCAUGCAAUAUAUAUCAUGAGACCUCGAAGAGCAGAAAUUGAGUUGCUGUUGCAAGACUUUCCUGAAUCAAAUCCAACUUAUACUGCUGCACACGUGUUCUUUUUGUCCUCUUGUCCCAGUGAUUUACUGAAUCAGAUAGUUGCUUCACAAGCAGUCCGACGUAUUAAGACUAUGAUUCAAUUGUCGGUGGAUUUUAUUCCUUUGGAAAGUCAUCUUUAUUCACUAGAAGCUAUGGAAACUGCUCAACUUUACUUUUUACCAUCAGACGUUGUUCAUGACAAACUCACUCGAAUCGAUCAGUUAGCCGAACAACUUGCUUCUGUAUGUAUAACUUUGCAAGAGUAUCCAAAAAUUUGUUACCAAAAGACAGAGAGUAACCUCGAACUGGCCCGUCUUGUGCAGCUGAAGUUAGAUAAUUAUAAAACCGAUAACCCAACUUUGGGCCAAGGAUCACAUAAAGAUCAAAGUCUUUUGUUAAUUGUUGAUCGAAGUUUAGAUCCUAUUAGUCCUCUUGUGCACGAGUUAACAUUACAAGCUAUGUGUUAUGAUUUACUCAGUGUGGAGGAAAAUACGAUUGAGUUUGGUGGAAAUCGUAAAGCAAAUGUUGCAGAUGGAGAUUCAUUGUGGAAAGAAUUUCGGCAUCAGCAUGUUGCAGAUGUUACGAGAAAACUUCCCCAACGUGUUCGUGAAUUCGCAGAAAGUAAAAAACAAUUCGUUGAAUUUGAAGAGGCUAGUGCUCCAUCAAAGGAGGAUGGAAGUAGUAGUACUACUACUGGUUUAAGAGAUUUAUCUGAUCUUAUCAAACGUAUGCCACAAUAUCAAACAGAAUCAGCAAGUUAUGCAGCUGUUUAUCAUGUUGUUGAAACUUGUAUGGCUACAUUCAAGAAAGGUGUUGAUAAACUGUGUGAAAUUGAACAAGAUCUUGUGAUGGGUGAGAAUGCAAAAGGAGAACCUGUAACGGAUCCUAUGCGUGUAUUGGUUGAUAUUUUCAAAUAUGAUUUUACAUCAGUGGAAGAACGUUUGCGUCUUUUACUUAUCUUUGCGCUUAUAAAAGAGGGAUUUGCCGAAACACAUUUGGAUAAAUUGUUAGAUUGUGCUCAAGUUGCACGUUUGUUCAAACCACUCUUUGCAAGUCUUUCGUUUAUUAUGAAUGCUCAAUUAAUUCAAUCUGAUCCGGUCACUAUAUCUUUGCCUAAUCAGACAAAUAUCCCACAAUAUCAGUUGGGUAGAUGUGUAUCUCUUCAACGUUUACCACCAAUUCCUAAAGUUAGCCAAUCAAUACAAAUAUAUCUUCCAGUGAAAAAGAAACGUGUAGAUCGUGUUAGUGCUAGUUCAUAUGCUUUAUCACGGUGGACACCAUAUAUUCUAGAUAUUAUGGAACAAGCUAUUUCAGGAAAGUUGGACAAAUCACGUUUCGGAUUCGUUGUAGCGAAAGGCAUUAAAGAUGUUCAUGGUCUCGGUAAUGUGGUAGAUACUAGUUCUAAAGAUUUUAAAAAUCCUUCCGCGCGAUUUCAUGCUAGUGGUGUUUUAUCUCCCAGUUCAUCGGCAUCUGUUAGAUCAUCUAGUCCAAAUCCUGGAUCAGAUCGGAAUCAAGCUGCUUCUAUGACUAAACACUGUGGUCCACGUCUUAUAGUUUUCGUUGUUGGAGGUUUCACAUUAUCAGAAGCCAGAGUGGGUUACCAGUUAACUCAGAGAUGUGUAGAAACUCGUCUUGCAGCUAGUGACAAGACUACACUUAAAACAAAUACAUCUUCAACGGAAAAUAUUUCAACUAUCCCAGAUGGUGGAGGAGUUGGUUGGAAUUGGGAAGUUGUACUUGGUGGUACACACUUGUUGACACCAAAAAUAUUUUUAGAUAAUCUUGAAGGUAUUGCAAAAAUUAUCAUGCCACCGGUUUCAAAUACACCAAUACCUGAGUCGGUACUUCGUCGUGUUUCACUUAUGAAUCCUUUUCGAGGAUGAAUUUGUAUAGCAAUUAUUUGUUCUGCAACAAACCAAUCAGGGCUAUUCUCGUCUAAACUAUCACAUACAUUUUAUUGUCAUUGAAAAUUAGUUUAGCUGUAAACUUUUUAUUCAAAAAAACUACAUUCCAUAAUAUCUAUUUUUAUUGAUAAACUGAAACUGUGAUUUCUUUUAUACAGGAGACUACUAUUUAUUAUUAAUCUUUUUUUCUAUGCUGACAUAUCUCAAAGAAAAAGCUGUCCAUGUCAUUUGUAUUAAUAUUUUUCUUUCUAAAAAUAAACAAUGACUUUGUGGCUUUUUUUUAUAAAAUUUAGUUAAUAUUUAAAAAGGUUAUUCAUGUGCAUAUAUAUUUAUACUGGCUUGAUAUAAUGUUGAUUUUUUGAUGAAUCUACUUUUUAUAUUUUCUCUGUUAUUAAUUCAUGUAUGAAUGACCAGAAAUAUUGCUUUAAAUCUCACAUUGAUUUCACUAGACAAUUGUUCGUUUACUGGGAAUGCAUUAAUCAGUUGAAAGUGUUUGUUGCUUUCACAAGUGUGUCGCAAGCUAAACCUUAAAUUCUGUAUCUAUCGCCUAAAAAUGUUGAAUUCUUCUUAAAAUUGUUAUUUCAUACAUUCAAAACGACACGUUUUGUACAACUUGUCAUCAGAAUAGGCGACAACAAAGCAACAGCAAUGUUAGUAAGGAAAUAAAUUGUUUAACUUCCCGGUGACUAUAGAAAAUCUUAGAUAUUAACAAAUAUUGAAAAAUGAUACUUACUGGAGAAUAUAACACAACCACUGAUAAAAUUACCUAUUGACAUCCAUGCGUAACAUUGGCUUGGUAUCAAACAACUUUGUCGAUUACUGUAACCUAAUAUUUAUUACUUCUUCGCUAUCUCGUGUCAAAUCAUUAUGAAACACCUGUGUAAUACUUGUAAUUUUAGGCAAUAUUUCUUCCUUGUCCACUAAUCUAGCAUUCUUUCAAAAAAAUUGUUUUAUUGUGACAUGUCCAUGCCAAAACCGACCAAAAACAAUCCCUUCGAAUAUACAGUCUAUGACUUAAUUAAU